CUGCCAGUAAAACCCUGCCUCCCACUGUCGGGACGUUCAUUCAUACGCAGCAACUCAACUCUACACACAACCGGAGCAUUCAACAAGGGUUUGUCGAAAUAUAAGGCUGUUUGCAGUGACACAUCCUAGCCUAUUCCUCGUUGACAUUCCAGACACUAUUUAUAAAAGCGAACGUAAAGUGUUUUCCGUCUCCCAUGUUGGCACGCACAGAGACGAGAAGAUCCCUAUUGCGAAUUGGGGAGCCAUAGAACAUCCGUCAAAGUUGACCUUUUGUGGCGAGUAACUCACAAGUUAUUGAAGAACAACAGAAGAGGAAAAGACGAGAAAAAAAGAACCCAACUGGACUUUCUUAUUCGCUGCUCAUUUGAAUGCGCCCUGAGACGUCCUUGGAUGACGGUCGGGUUUUAUUUAGUAUCUGCUCGGUGGAUGCCUCGUCAGUUUAUGUGUCCAUAACACCGAUCAUGGAAUGAGUACUUCACACACCGAAAUUUGGCGGGAUGUGCGUAAUUUGUUAACCGAAGGUCUUUGACUCCACUACAACGCAGAGACCCUGUUUUAUUCGUGCCCACGCAGGUACCUUCAGACUGUCGUCUGGUUUCCACUGUUGAUCCACGUGCCUUGGGAGAGUUAAUCUAACGACAACGGGUUUCAUUUUAGAGGCAACUAUCAGAAGAAACAUAGAGCUAUAUAUUCCACAGAGAGUCCGUUUAACUGGAUCCUACUGCGGUGUACAAAUGGUCUUCCUUUGGGACGCCAAAUACGACCCAGCACCUGGUCGGCGCUUCUCCCCUCCUUCCACCACCCUGUUGUCAGGUAAGAUGAGUGAGGGUCUGCCCCUGGGUGCCCAGGAGAGCAGUAGCGCCGCCCUGGUGGGAAAGCUGCGUAUUGCAGACCGAGGCAUGGUGGAGGUGCUGUCAGAACACCCAGGAGAACUGGUGAGGACAGACAGCCCCAACUUCAUCUGUUCUGUCCUACCCACACACUGGAGGUGCAACAAGACGCUGCCCAUCGCAUUCAAGGUGGUUGCCCUUGGUGAUAUCCCUGAUGGUACCUUGGUCACGGUGAUGGCGGGGAACGAUGAGAACUACUCAGCAGAGCUCCGCAAUGCCACGGCCGCCCUCAAGAACCAGGUGGCUCGCUUCAACGACCUGCGCUUCGUAGGCCGCAGCGGACGAGGGAAGAGUUUCACUCUGACCAUCACAGUGUUCACCAACCCUCCCCAGGUGGCCACCUACCAGAGAGCUAUCAAGAUCACCGUGGACGGGCCCAGAGAACCACGACGCCACAGACAGAAGCUGGAGGAUGUGAAGACGGGAGCAUUGGCCUUCUCCGAGCGUCUGAGUGAGCUAGAGCAACUAAGGCGGAGCUCCAUGAGGGUCACGCCCCCUCACCAUCAUCACCACCACGCCCCCACUCCCAAUCCCCGGCCCGCCCUGAACCCGGCCCAGUUCAGCAACCCCACACACCACACACAGAUACCAGACUCUAGGCAGAUGCAGACAUCUCCGUCGUGGUCCUAUGAGCAGUCCUACCCCUACCUGGGUCAGAUAACCACGCCCACCGUCCACUCAACUACGCCCAUAUCACCCAGCCGCUCCUCCCUCAGUGACCUGUCCAGCCGCCUCUCAGGCCCUGACCUCACAGCCUUCAGCGACCCCCGUAUGUCCCUGGAUCGGCCGUUCUCCUCCCUGACCUCGCUCCCUGACAGCCGCUACCCUGACCCACGCAUGCACUACCCUACUGGGGCCUUCACAUACACCCCUAACCCUGUAUCCAACGGCGCCAUUGGACUGACCAUGGCGACCACCCCUGCUGGGCGUUACCACACCUACCUCCCCCCGCCCUACCCCACAAACGCCCCCCAGGGCCAAAGUGGACCGUUCCAGGCCGGUUCCUCUCCCUAUCACCUGUAUUAUAGCACGGCCGCUGGGUCCUACCAAUUCUCAAUGAUGGCGGGGGGAGGCGGGGAGCGGUCUCCUCCGAGGAUAUUCCCUCCCUGCACCAACGCAUCCACAGGCUCCUCCCUCCUGCACCCGUCUCUGCCAAAUCAGAGCGAAGGGGUGGGGGUGGAAGCGGAGGGAAGUCACAGUAGCUCCCCUACCAAUAUGGUACCCGAGGCUGUAUGGCGGCCAUAUUGAGCACAGCAGCGGGGUUGACAAAUGAUUGACGGACUUGCUGGCUAAUUGGAGUGGAGAAGGGGCUUUCACGGAGCGUUCCUAUUGGAUCAUUAGAAUGAUCAAGGAACAAGUUGAGGAAGGAACAGAAACAGGGUGCCAUUUUACACCGAGGAGCAUGCAGCAGCACUGAACUGAAAAUAAUUCAGCUUUGUUUUAUAAAAUGAUUGUUUGCCAUGGUUAUGAUUGUUGUCGGUAUUAUGAAUUACUCGUGGCCAAAAAUACAAUGGGUGAUUUUUAUGUGUGCCACAGGCACUCCCUUCCUAUCCCACCUCCCCUUGUAUCUCCUCCCCCUCUCCUCCCUUAUUCCACCUCCCCCUCUCUUCCCUUAUCCCACCCCUCCUUGUACCUCCUCCCCCUCUCCUCCCUUAUCCCACCUGCCCUUGUACCUCCUUCCCCUCUCCUCCCUUAUCCCACUCUCCCCUUGUUCAAAAUGGAAAGAGUGCUGUUAAUGUAAAUGAUGGCCAGCCAAGAUCUGUGUCUGUUCUGUCAUGUUUGUAUUGGUUUAUGGCCGUGAUAUUGUCUGCACUGAUCUACAAUCAGCACUGUUAUUCGAUUCACAAUGGUUAAGGGUAGGAAUUUACAGGGAAUGCUGUACCCAGUUCAGUGCUUAUGGACAUUGUACUGUCACACCAAAGUUUAACAGGUCAUUUGCUUUAUGAUUCCUUAAUUUAUUCUCUUACAAUACAUUUUUGGUUGUACGGUGUGUGUGUGUGUGUGUGUGUGUGUGUGUGUGUGUGUGUGUGUGUGUGUGUGUGUGUGUGUGUGUGUGUGUGUGUGUGUGUGUGUGUGUGUGUGUGUGUGUGUGUGUGUGUGUGUGUGUGUGCGUGCGUGCGUGCGUGCGUGCGUGCGUGCGUGCGUGCGUGCGUGCGUGCGUGCGUGCGUGCGUGCGUGCGUGCGUGUGUGAAGGAACAGAUAAGGCCUACAUUGCCACAUGGUUCACCUCAUAGUUGUAAAUAGUCUUUAAAUGUAAAUGACGACAUUGUCCAUGUUUGAUGACAUCAUUGCCUCCCACACAGGUAUGUCACAGCAACAUCAAAUUUGCCUUUUCUCACAUUUUGUUUUACUUUAUGAAUAUAAAUAUUGUUGUAAGGAAAAUAAAACCAGUCUUUUUGUA